AUGAAAAGUAGAUAUCAAAAACAAGAUGAACUUCACAAAUACUCAGCACUGAGCGAAGUGAUGCUGAGGCUGAAAAAGAAAGGAUAUAUAGAUCAAUUGCAAGAGGUGUUACUAACUAUUUAUUUAAAUGAGCGAAAAGAAGAUGGUAUUUACUCUGAUAAGCUCAAAGAAGGUGUUCAAAUGAUAAUUAAUGGCUUAAUAGAAGAAAUCUGGAAAGAUCACACUCCUGCUCCAACCAAUUUUUCAACUCCAUCAACUCCAGAGCCUGCUAGAACAGUGCAGUUGAAAGUCCCCAGCAAUUUAUCAAGAAGAACUCCAUCCUUAGGCUCUUCAAGUCAAACUCCUACACCUAUCCCCCAAAAAAACUCUGUAUAUACCCUUCUAUUAAGAAACGAAAGUGAAAUUGUAAGCUUUUCAGAAUUCAAUACCAUCACUGGCCCAUCUACUUUUGGAAAAGCCAAACGAGAACUUAAACUAGAAGUCCGAAAUAACUCCCCUGGCCCAGCUGCCUACAAAUCAGAUCCUUUAGUUGUCAAGCAAAAGCCUCCUCAAGUUGUAAUGCCGAAAUCAGGAAAACGUGUUGAUUUUGUUACAAACACAGAUAUUCCUGCACCCAACCUUUAUUAUCCUUCUAAAAGGUUUAUCUCAAAGAGGUAA